AAGUAUCUGCAUUUUUAAUUUCAUUAUUCUGUUACUAUCUGCUUGUAAAAAAAAAUGCACGCUGUGUAAGUAUAUAAAGAUGAUCGGCAAACGCAGCGUUGCUCAUUUAGCGUUGAACUCUUUUAGUACGAAAUGAUAAUUAAAAGUGUUUAUAUAAAGGCAAUUUUUGCCGCGUUAUCGCUGCUUACUUUUGGUGUUAAAGGUGAUUCCUGCAACAAGAACAGCCUCAUCUACGAGGAUCUAAAGUGUAAACCGAUUUUCGAUGACGCCCACCCCACCUGUCCUUCAUCCUAUGAUUGCUCUCAUCUUGAACAGGUCCCGGACGGAAAGUGCUUGUACCAUGGCAAAUUAUAUAACACUCACGAAAACCUUCCGGCUGAUGAAACCUACGCUGACUGCAACGUGGCUUGCACCUGCAUCGGAACCUCGAAGGUCCGCUGCGCCAUUCUGGAUUGCCCAGAAUGGUUGGGAAGUUGGCCAUUGCCCGGUUGCAGUCUCAAGUACGAACUAGGAAAGUGCUGCGCAAUUGGAAAUAUCUGCCCGAAUUCGAAGAAUCUCCACAAAUGCGUUGUAGAUGGAAAGGAGUACUUGGAGGGUCAGAAAUUCGAUCAUCCUAAGGAGAAAUGCACCACUUGCGUUUGCGAUAAGAAAUUCAAGGACGAUCUUGGAGCUAUAUGCCGCAAGGACACUUGCAGUGCUGAAAUUAGAAGCGGAGACAAGAUCUCAAAGUAUUACGCGGCCGUGUACGGUGGCAAAGAUCACUGCUGCCCUUUCGAGUGGAUUCCACGCACCGGCAAGGAGAAGAUCGUGAAGUCAACGAAACCAAGCGGAUCUCUGAAAUGCAAAUUCCACGGGGAGAGUCUCAAUUUGGGGGAUAAAUUCGAAGAGGUCGAAAUCAAAUCCAAUUACGAGAGGAUCGAGCUGAAGUGCGAAUGUUCGUUGCCGCCGUUCGUCACCUGCGUCAGAAAGCAAAUUUUUGAUAAAAGCAAAGCACCAGCACAUCUUAAGCCUUAUCUGCCUACAGAUUAAUUCUCGAUUUGUUUACUAUUUGGUUCAAGAAAUAUAUAUGAAAUAAACUUAUAUUUUUUACUUUCACA